CAUGCUGUAUUUUUUUCUUUUCUCGAUUUUAUCUGCUAUUAGGCAACAUUGCAAUUGAACAACUACAGAAGCACUCAAUAUGAUUAAAUUUGGCCACGGAUUGGGGAGUAUAUUUAAACGAAUAGCAUUGAAUCACACCGGCGCCAGUUUAUAUGUAACACAACCGAUUCACACAGCUCGUGCAUUAAACUGCGAAAAUCACAAGCACACCGAUGAAGGUAUUCCACCUUCCGAUGAAAAUCAGGAGCAAAAACGCGAACCAAAUGAGCAAGAUCUAAAGCUUAUGCGAAAAGACCGAACGAAGGUAAUUCCUGUAGAGACUUCUAUACGUUACUUGACCAGCUCUGCAUACAAACAGACUUACGGAGAACACUUUGUGUGGGAACAGUAUCGCCGUAACCAUAAAGGACCCUUUCCACCUCGAAAGACUCGCAAAACCUGCAUUCGUCAAGGCCAUAUAAGCACUGGAAACCCCUGUCCAAUUUGCAGAGACGAGUAUUUGGUGCUAGAUCAUCGCAAUAUUGAACUCUUGAAGCAGUUUAUAUCGCCUCAAACUGGUCAGGUGUUGAGUUACACAAAGACUGGCCUGUGCCAGAAGAAGCAUUUGCAAUUAUUGGUAGCUGUGGAACGAGCCUGGGACUAUGGUCUACUAACAUUUGACGUUCCAUAUCGUGAAUUUGAUUAUACCGAAUACGCGCAAAAAUCCCAAGCAUAA